UCUGUCAAACUUGUAAACUGUCAGUGUCAAGCCGUCAACAUCUCAGAUGUUCACUUGAGCUCCGAGUUUUGCUUUUGUUCAUCUUUUCACAAUACGAAGCAAUUGAGUAACUUUUAAUCAUGGCUCAAACUGCGGGCGUUAAGCCCAUGACCAUUGCCGGUCGUGUGGCAUCCGAACGUGAAAGAUGUUUAGGAAUGACCGAUGUUGAGAGGGCUUGGCGUAAGCAAUGGUUACAAGAUCAAGUCUUGGCUCCUAACGAACCUGUUCAUGUACCCGAAUACUGGAAAGAGCGUACUAAUAUUAUCCGCCGUAUCUACCGUGCACCUUUGGACAACCUUUUCAAAGCUCUUACUCCAAUGCUGGGAGCGUCGCGUGCUGCUGAUUAUAGAUACAUCGCUGGGAAAUUAGGAUUGAUCACUUUCGGCGUUUUUGCAGGCCACUACUACUUCAAAUACAAUGGAAAUGACUGGACCAGGAAGGGAGGCUGGAGAGUACACAAGUCUAAGCCCAUGGUGUUGCCCGGCCAACCUGGCUUCCCUAAGAAAUCAGAUCGCACUGUUGGUGCUGACUAUGCAAACACAGGCUUCAAGAAUGCCCCUGAUGUAUAAAUACCAACAAAAAUAUCAAAUUUCUGAAUGUAUUGUCAUCAAAA